AUGGCCCGCUUCUCACAUCGUAUCUGCAACAUUGCAGUUGCUUCUUUCAUUCUGUACGCCACAGCAAGAGCUCAGAAUGGGCCCAGGACAGUCACCGUCGUCCCAAUGCCUAUCCCUGAAGCGUCCUCUGAAACGAGCAGCGAGUCUACAACGGCCAGUGUUGCGCCAGCAGCUUCUGGCAUUUCUUGCCCGACGGACGACGGACGCAACUACACUGGUUAUGCUGGCUCCUAUUACGUCGAAUGUGACAUGGAGAUUGGUGGUCUUCUGCUAGACAAUGAUAUGGCAAACAAACACAAACGUCAAGCUAUGACGCCAGAGACAUGCAUGGCAGGCUGUCAAAUGUACGGCGACUCUUGUGCAGGAGUCAAUUAUCGUCCUGGAUACUGUGUCUAUCUUGGCUCCGUCAACACAUUGAGUCCAUCCGAAGGCACGAUUGCACUGCUCAAGGCUGCUCUUCUCGCUGGUCCUCCGACUACAUAUCCGACCGCCUCUUCCCCAGCUACGACAACAUCUUCGACUGUGGCGGUCUCGAGUGGGGUUGCUGAACAGUAUUCAUCGGCCACUGGUGAUGUUGAGCUUCCGGGAGGUUACCCAGCCGGCCCAUCUGUAUCGAGCGCAGUGCCGACCGUUUCGACUGAGACCUCAACAACAACUAGUAGCAUCGAAGUACCGAACAGCUACGCGACUGGAGUAGCCCCGCCUUCCACACCAAUCUCCGCUGCAACGAGCACGCCAACGGGAACAUCCGCAGGGCCGAACACUUCUUCCAGCGGAUCUCUAGUCGCUUCGAGUCUCACAUCUAAUACAACGCCGCAAUCGACAUCAACGAGCACAUCAACCAGUGCGAGCGGCUCGGCAUCACCAAACACAAGCAGCUCAGGCCCGUCCACAGUCAAUGUCUGCAGCAACAUACGGACUCGUACGACUACAAUCACCACUACCUCUACACUGACGACCUGUUUGCCUGAACAAACAUGUCCUACGGCUCAUUAUAAGCUGUAG